GUUUGGGUGAACAUUCUAGGUCAAAUGGCAUUAAGCAAGACUAGAAUGCUAAGCGGCCUAAGGAACUCACCUAAGAUAUUUCCAUCUUUUCGUCAUCAGACUCAGUCUCUACCUUGACUGCCGCUUUCUUGCUUUCUCCCGGCGCUUGUGAAACACUCCAGCUCUGGCUCCAAGUUUGGUGGCAUGGUCCAUAUGAGCGAAGAGGGCGGAACCACCGACUUCAAAGAGCCGGAUUGCGGAGGGAGUGUGGAAGAGAACAUGAAGGCAAAACAGCCACUUGAAGUUAAUGAGGGAAGCUCAACUUCCGAAGGAUCGACCACAAAAAUACGGUCGUUUGUCGAAGGUUCGCCGAUAGUGCCAACAGCAACAGCGCAGACGGUACCCUUCAUUGGUACCGAGCUUGCGUUCACCAACGCCGCUGUGGUCGCAUUUAUCAAUGUUGCAAUGAGACUUGAGUUCCAUCCCCGUCCGGCACUGCCUGUCCCACUCCCAGUCUCGCUCCCACACAAGGCUUGUGCAACAAGUUGUAUCAACGUCCGAGGAUGUUGUGAGAGCAAUAGUGCAGGCGUAAAAAUGGAUUUGAGGGUAUUGGAUAUUGACUUAGCAUCGGUUCCAGGUAAUGAGGCAAGAGGUCGGAUGAAGAUAUCGAGUGUUGCUUGCGACGGGUUUUCGGACGCAGGUCGGACUUCCACCGGCCCAGAGACAGAGACUAUGGAUUCGGUUUGACCUAACGAUGUUAAGAGACUUUUAGUAAAUGUCAGUUAUACGUGAACGUCCAA